AAGUACACGACUGUGUCGCUGUUUGACAAAUGCACUGCUCUCCCCGCGGUCUCCCUUCACUCUCUAGUCUGCUGUUCUACUGGGUUUUAACGCUAUUUCUGCUCUCUGUUACAACAAGGCUUGGAGAAGGUCUUAAAAACCUUCCCUCAUUCUUCAGUGUGCGCUCGAGUUUGCCCGUAGGCCAGGAUGGCUGCCCGUCUUCUCCGAUCCAUGGCCCCGCAUGCAACCAUGGCCCUGCUCCAAUGCAGUCGUUUCCAUAAGUCCACAAGACCGUUCCUAGCACUGAUUCCACCCACUACACUAGGAACGUGCCGAAGUAAGAAGACAUGGCCCAAGACGUUCCCCGAGGAGGAGCUGAGGAAGCGACUGACCCCAAUGCAGUACCAUGUAACUCAGGAAAAGGGCACAGAGAGUGCUUUCACAGGAAAAUAUACAGAUAAUAAAGAGGAAGGAAUCUACCAGUGUGUCGUUUGCGGUGCCCCUCUUUUCACGUCUGACAAGAAGUUCGACUCUGGAUCAGGAUGGCCGUCCUUUUUUGAUUUGAUCAAUAAGGACUCUGUUACACUAACUGAUGACUUUUCGUAUGGAAUGCACAGAGUGGAGACAACCUGCAGUCAGUGUGGUGCUCACCUGGGCCACUUUUUUGAUGAUGGACCUCGACCAACAAAGAAACGCUACUGCAUAAACUCUGCUUCUCUCAAUUUCCGGGCAAAAGACAGUCCUUCUGAGGAGGUGGAAGCAUCCAGAGGAGCAGGUCAAUCACCACCUUCUAGUAAGAAUGAAGAACUUUAAUAGGACUUGAAAAAGACCAAUCGGAUGUCACGCUACUCCUAAGUUACUCCUGAACUAUCAGUUCCAAAUCAAGUGAGCCGUGCAAUCAGACAAAUAUAUGUUUAGCAAUAUCAUCUAUAUCAGAGUUGCAAUAUCCAAAAUCAAUGUCCAGAUAACAGAUUAGAAUGGCCUUAUGUUUGCUCCUCAACUUCUUCACUUGAAUUUUAUGUCAGUUGAAGAGCUCACAUUGCUUCAAAGAAGUUUACUCGGCUAAACUGUUUUUUGAACACUUGGUGGUAAUUUUCAAUCAGGUACAAAAGUUUGAGACCGCAUUGGAAAUCUGGGAUUUUUCUUUCAUUUAUUUUUCUUUCAUUUUCACAAACUUCCUGGUGUCAUUAAAACAAAACAAGGACAAACCAAACAUUAAACAUUAUUUCUCAUAUUCUUUUUUGUCAAUUCAGAUUUUAAUUCAGAUUUUUUUUUUUUGAUGAUAUCAUUUGUAAUGGAAAAAAGAACUAGUGGUCUCUGACUUGUUGGACCCCAUUGUCAAUUGAAAGUCCAGUGAUUGGAAAUGAAAUAUAUAUGUAUACUUUCUCAGAGUGCAGUGUUGUUUUUGAAGUGACAUGUGAUACAGGGAGGUCAAGAAGUUUGAGGAAAAUGCUAUGCAAGUGCUCCUGUGAGCAGUAAAAUAAGCACAGAGUGGAGAACAAAGCAUUCUUUGAAAUAAAAUGGAACAGAUGACAAA